GAGCGUCUCUUUCUCUCUCAGUUCCUCGCAAUCACAGUGACGGACAUCCCGCAUCCGAGCGCACUGGACUCAUUAACAUAAUGUAGUCAGUUCUUGAGCGAAUAGAUUUCAAGUUUUGAGACUCCGUCCACUCAUCCUGAAAUGUGCAAUGGACAGUUGCUGGCUCGACUCUGUAAGCAGUAUGCCUUAAAGAAUGAGAGUCUUAGGGAGGAGGACUGUUGAAUUGAUGAUGCGUGGAGAUGGACAAUGGAGGACCCGCAAGACUGCGUGACAAGCGGGUCAGUGCUGGUUUGAGUAAGUCAUAAAACGAGGAGAAACACACCCUGAAGCCAUGGGGAUACGACAUCUCCUACUUCUAUUGGUCUAUCUAGACCCACUCUGCGUCCUGAGCGCAUCCACAGCCAAGAGGAGCAAACCACCUCCAAAAAGACCUCCAAAAGUUAAGGAGGUCAACAGCACGGUUGCACCAACAGUGGCGCCCCGACGGAUCACCCAAGUCCAGGCACCCAUCAUCGGCGAUCAUGACACCUGUCUAGGCUACUAUGAUGUGAGUGGUCAGUACGACAAAGAGUUUGCCUGCAACAACACUGACCACCGGUACUGCUGCGGGAGCUGCUUUCUGCGCUUCUGCUGUCCCGUGAAAGCCAAACGACUGGAUCAGAGAGUCUGUACCAACUACAACACACCCGACUGGAUCAAAACCCAACCGCCUUCACCGGCACCCACAGGGGACACAUAUGACCCUGCACUGGACCAGACCAACACCACCGUCUACAUCACCUGCGGGGUCAUCGCCCUCAUCAUCAUCCUGGGGAUUUCUGCCAAAGUGGCCUACGAUAAAGCCACCAGACCACCUCAAGAGAUGAAUGUCCACAGAGCGCUGGCGGAUAUUUUGCGACAGCAGGGGCCUAUUCCCAUAUCACAGUACGAGCAUGAAAACAUCGGCGUUAUUGACACCUCGCCUAAAGAGAACACACCUGUGCGGACGUCCAAGAACCACUACACACCUGUGCACAACAAAAACAACCACGGGCAUUAUGGGAAAGAAAAUUUCCGCAGUGGUCAAGACAUGCACAACUUCAUCUCUUCAGGCUUCGUGACACUCGGCAGAGGACAUCUGAAAGCGCAGCACUCUGUGGAUGAUCUCGGGCAGCUGUCGUGGCAGGGCGAUCUAGACAUUCCUCUGUCUUACAAUAACCAUCCGCACGACUACACCAGCCACCUGGAUCUCACCGGCUCACACACACCCAAAAUAGGCCACCGAAUAGAGCACUACGAGAAGCCGAGAAUGAACAAUAUCCUGACGUCUCAGACGGAGCCGUACGACCUGUCCUUCUCCCGCUCCUUCCAGAACCUCACACACCUCCCGCCGUCAUACGAGAUGGCCAUGAAAGCAGACUUAGGUGAUAAGGAUGACGAAUACUACAUCCGCAAACACCAUCUGGCUGAGCCGCCACGCAGCUCAAACCUGCAGACGCAUAUGAUCAAGCUGAGUGUGGAGCCGCCGGCACCCCGCCAGAAGCCUAAACGCGUGCAGCGGGCCAUGUCUCAGGACCACGUGCUGUCCCCGGCCCGCUCUAAACCCCACCGUGACUACGGUCUGUCGUCGUACAGCGGCGGCGCCGGUGGUCUGUCCCCAUACCACGGCCGAAUCCUGUCGGAGGAGCAGCUGCUGUCCGCUGACCGACUGCACUCGCAGGACCCACUGCUCUCACCAGAGAAGAUGUUGUCGCUGCGGCGCUCGAACCUCCGCGAGAAGGCCAUGUCCCGAGCGCUGUCCCACACGGACAUGUUCAUGCCCACCACGCCUGUCAUGGACCGCCACUACAAGAUGAUGAAGAUGCACUCACACCCCAGCAGCUCCAACCACGAGAACUACAACACGCUGACAGUCAACAGCGCGCAGGCCGGCAACAAGAGGCAGGCGUUCGCCAACCGCCGCAUGCACACAGUGGACCACCUGCAAUACAUCCCGGGACACCACCAUCACCAGUACAGGACCGCCAGCAAGACAGAGGUCACCGUCUGAAAGACUCAGCCACUAAGGAGGUGGAGCUAGAGAAGACUGUUACAAACUGGUGGGUGUUUCUGAGUCAUCCAAUGAAAAGGAUCCCUUUUACCUGGCCCCACCCCUAAAUUAAUAUAAGCCAAUCAGGUAGCGUGGUAAAAAAUGCCCCUCAGUUUUGGUCAAGCCAAUCAAUUUUUCAUUUGUAUUAUUUAUUGCAGUUAACAUUAAUUUGAUUUAUAUUUCUACUCUAAUUUCCAUUUCUGUUUAUUUAUUAUGUAUUUUUCAGGAGGAAGUUCAUUUAAUUAUUAAGAAUUUACAAAUUUUUUGCAUUUCUGAGUUUGUGGGAGUUUUCAAACUGGUGGAUGUUUCGGAAUCGACCAUUAAAAAUUAUCCACCUUACUUGACCCCAACCCUAAACCCAGUUUGCCAAUCAGCUA